AAACAGUCUAUCAUUUUCAGUGUUGUUAAGUGUUGGGAAUUUAUUUCGUAACGUAUUAUACAGUGAAACGAUAAUCUUUUAUUUUUAAUAAAAAGUGUAUUUUUUUUUGUAAAAAAAUUACUCAAAUUGUGGCCAAUACUGAUUUCCCUAAAGUCUGAAACCAAUGGCUGAUCCUGGCGAAUCUUCUAAUAUUUAUUUUGGUGUCGUUUGCUGCACUCCAAUCAACAAAUCUAAAGGAUCCAAAGAAGUAUCUUACCAAUUUCUCAAAUACCCCCAGUUUCCAAUUGUACAAAUGUUGAUGACAGAACUUAACUUGUGUGCACACGAUCACAGUUUCGUGCCACCUCGAUAAUCAUCAUCAGAACUCUUAUUACUAUUAGGAAAUAAAUUCAUCACAAAUAAGUUUGUGAAAAAAUAAAAAAAAAUAUGAAGAAAGCAUAAGUUUUUGAAGGUGAAGAAAGACAGACUAUAAUUUUUAGUGUUAUUCUUUUAGUGACUAAGGGUUAUUAUAAUUAAUUAAUUAAUUAAGAUGCCUGUGUUAACUUUGCAGAGAUCUUAUAAGUACAUCAUGUACGCCACUAAGCAGCCUUCCCUGAGGAUUAAACAGGCUGAUUUGAAAUGUAAAAGUGGGUGUAAAUACUAUGGAAAUGCUGACUGGGAUGGAUACUGUUCACAAUGCUACAGAAAUAAAAUGGAUUUGGAGAGGCAGAAAAAGUCGUAUCAGACUCUACCAGCUGAACAAUCGAAGACUAAUAUGUCUGGAUUUUCGAAAUUUGAGGAAAAGAAACGACAACAAACGGAUAAGAAAAACAAAUAUCUUAAAAGCUUACCAGUUUUCAGGAAGACGUCGAAUGUCAAAGAUGCUAGCAGACCAGAAAAAUACAUAUUGAGGCAACCUAAUCCAGAUACUGAUAAAUUAAUGGUCGAGUUCAUUUCCAUAUUUUGUCAAUGGGGUGAAGGAAUUAAGAAGGACUUCUUCAGGUGCAGUCAAGCUUUUUCCAACAAAAUUUUAAGUGAAUUAGACACAAAGCCAAUCGAAGAUUUGGCGGAAACAGCACAGAACUACUACAACCUGUAUAACAACCGUGUUAACUCAUAUCCAGUUUACGAAAAUUUACCGAUUGAAGUGCGGGAGAAAUUAGUGGAGUUUUUCGAAAAGUACAGCAUGAUCACACUUUACAGUUCUCUUUUCUGUCCACAAACAACUAAUGACGAAGAAAAAGAUUUAACUAUCCAAGACAGAAUACGCAAAUUGAGUUGGGUGAAUGCUCAUCAUCUAGAUUGUUGCAUCAGUGAAACUAGCAUCGAAGUCAGAGAUUUGGUCUACACGGCAAUAAACGAUCUUCUCGGUAUGGAUUCGAUGAAAGCGCCACAAGAAAAACUCGCCUGCGUUGUCAAAUGUUGUAGAAGUGUCGUAGAGGUAUUACAACAUUGUCAAGGUGGUCCAGUGAGCGCCGAUGAAUUUUUACCUGCUUUGAUUUUUGUCGUGUUGAAAGCUAAUCCUGCUAGAUUGAAGAGCAACAUACUGUAUGUUACUAGAUUUUGCAAGGAUUCCAGGUUAAUGCAAGGCGAAGCUGGGUACUAUUUUACAAAUUUGUGUUGUGCCGUUUCCUUUAUCGAAAAUUUAACAGCGGAAUCUUUGAAUAUGCCGCAACAAGAAUUCGAAGCUUACAUGUCCGGCGAGUUGACAGUUGUCAGCGCAUGGGAAUCUGCAUUAGUUGCCUGCGAAGGUAUGCAUCAAUUGUGCGAACACCUUUCUCUAUUAAAAGGACUUUCUGAACGAACGACAACAGUUCAAAAUACCACUCACAAAUUGAGCGAGGAUAUGCAAAAAUUGAAGGAAGAAAUUUGUGAAAGCGUAACAGCAGUACUAGCAAGAACUCCAUUGAUUAUCAAACCGAGAAAAAGUCCAUUAACCUUAACUUUAACCAAAGCAACAUCUUCGUCCGACAAAUUAACAGAAAAUAUCAUUCCACCAGAAGAAGAAACCAGCACUACGAAUCAAAAUUAUUACUUACAAAAUUUAUCGCUUAGUCAAAUGAACGCAUUAGAUAGUACCAAAAAUAAGUUGCAAUUGGAUAUUAUACCAUGUCUUACAGUACCUCAAUCUUUGGAUUCGAAAAAAUCCUGCACUAAAGAGGCUCUGCUGUCUCCAGCUCUUGAUAAAAGCGUUGAAAGUAUUACACCAGAUGAUAAUAGCUACUUAGGUUUAUCGAAAAUAAAUUACGACAUUGAUUUUUCCGAUUUAAGUACCGAAAACAGUAUCGCCGAAGAUCUUACACCUGAUAAAAGAAAAUCUCCAACACCUAGUUUCAUUUCAGAUCCAUUUUCUCCUAUGGGAUCCUCGUGUCCCGUAACACAAACUCCUCUAAUACCUUCCAACGUAUUUGUGCAAAAUGAAUCCAAAAUAUCGAUACAGUCAGAUAAUUUCGUUAUUCCGUUCUUAGAAGAUUCUACCUGUGAAGAAACUUUAUUGGAUAAGACCGGAGAAACCCCCAUGACAGGUUUACCACCACCAUUGAAACCUAUAAUGUCCGAGUAUUCUGGGUUUUCUAAACAGGGCUCGAAAAUCCCUAGUAUACCGUGUAAUACGGGUGAUUUGGGUGCGGGUCAUUCGAAAAAUGCAUCUAAUUAAUCUAAGCAUAAAAUGAGAUUUUGAUUGAGUAACGAUUACAUAACCUAUAAAUAUGUAAUAUAUUUUUUAUCCAAAAA